AUGAAGCAUAACUUUCACUACACAGUUACCAACUCCAAUAAAUCAGUUUGGUGUAUUAGAUGCGCUGAUAAGGUGUGCUUUUGGGGUGCUCGAGCAGAGUGUUUGAAGGGCUCCACAUAUUUUAUUAUUAAGAAGUAUGUCGGUGUACAUUCCUGCGAACCUUCAAGCAAAACCAGUGCCGGAAAGACAGCUUCAGCGAAAACGAUAGGCGGUCUGAUCAUGCAUAAAUAUGAAGGUAUCAAGGAAGGGCCUAAAGUGAAAGAUAUUGUUCAGAUUAUGCGUAAUGAUUAUGGAUGUGAGAUCUCUGAUUCUUUAGCAUGGGAUUCCCGUGAAUAUGCAGUUAACGCUGUUAGAGGUGUUCCAGAGGAAAGUUAUAGGAAAAUACCAAAAUACUUGCACAUGCUGCGAGAGGCCAAUCCGGCGUUUGGUCAAUCGAUCAGAGGCUUUAGCAAAGUCGUGAGGCGUUUCAUUGUUGUCGAUGAAACAUUCUUGAAAAGUAAAUUCAAAGGGGUGCUACUGGUUGCAACUGCUAUAGAUGAAAAUUCAAAUUUAUAUCCUAUUGCAUUUGGGAUAGUAGACUCUGAGAAUGAACAUUCUUGGGAAUGGUUUAUGAGACAGUUAAAAGUUGUUGUUGCUGAUGAUAAUGGUUUGGCUUUUAUUUCGGAUAGACAAGUGUCAAUAGCGAAGGCACUGGAGAAAGCGUAUCCGCUAGCGAGACAUGGUAUUUGUAUUCAUCAUUUGUUGAAUAAUGUGAUAUCAUAUUUCAAGGGGAAGGGAUUAGCUGGGUUGAUUUUUAAGGCUUCGAAGGCUUAUAGAGUGGUUGGUUUCAAGAAGACGUUUGCUCAUGUUUGCAAUAUCAGUCCAGCAAUUGGAAAUUAUCUUAUGGAAGCAGAUGUCAAAAAGUGGGCUAGAUGUCAAUUUCAUGGAUACAUGUAUGACAUUAGGACAAACAAUCCUGCAGAGUCGAUAAAUUCUGCAUUGCGUUCGCCGAGAGAGUUUCCCGUAAUUCUUUUGUUGGACAGUAUUAGAGAAAUGCUGACACACUGGUUUUUUAAGCGUAAGAAGUUGAUUUCAAAGCACACCCAUCGUUUGACCAUAGAUGUGGAGGAAAAGAUCGAUAGGAGAAUCGAAAAUGGGAAAACUUUCGGAGAUUACCCUGUAACCGAUAGCCAGCUGCUUGUUAAAGGCGAUACAAUUGACUGCUUUGUUGAUUUGGACAAAUUGACUUGUUCUUGUGGGAAGUACGACCUCUUGAAGAUCCCUUGUAGACACGCAAUAAAAGCCGGUUUCUUUGUUGGUAGAGAACCAUAUACAUUGACAGAUUUUUUUUAUACCACAGGAGCUUGGAGAGAAGCUUAUCAAGAAAGCAUAAAUCCCAUUUCAGUUCCUUAA